AUGCGAAAGUUGGAAUGGGACGACAUGGGAGUGAAGGUUGAUGGUCGGCAGCUACACCAUUUGCGCUUCGCUGAUGACAUCGUACUGAUAACACCUAGCAUCAGUCAAGCGGAACGAAUGCUAACCGAAUUCGACGAAACAUGUGGAUGCAUCGGUCUUCAGCUGAACCUACAAAAGACGAUGUUCAUGCGGAACGGAUGGGUCUCGGAUGCCCCAUUCACGCUCAACGGAACAAACAUAUCCGAAUGCAGCAGCUACGUUUAUCUGGGUCGGGAGUUGAACUUGGCGAACGACCUGACUCCCGAGCUGGGCAGGAGGAGACGAGCGGCAUGGGGAGCGUACAAGAGCAUCGAGGAUGUAGUGAAGAAGACCAGGAACACCCGGCUCCGUGCUCACCUCUUCAACACCACCGUACUUCCUGCUUUGACCUAUGCUUGGGAAACCUGGGAAUUUCGCAAGCAGGAAGAAAACGCGGUGAGCGUCAUUAAACGCGCAAUUGAGAGAGUGAUGCUAGGAGCAUCCCGUUUCACGCAAGUGAGGGACGGGAUUCGAAGUUCUCUCCUACGGCAGCGAUCGAAGAUUACAGACGCAGCCGCGUUUGCCAAGGAAAGUAAAAUAAGGUGGGCCGGACACGUGAUGCGCUUUAACGACAACCGUUGGACCAAAGCCGUGAGCGACUGGGUUCCCCGCGAUAUUAAGCGCACUACAGGAAUACCGCCGACCCGAUGGUCAGAUUUCUUCACGAAGUCCUUCAAAGAAAAGUAUGAUGCUCUUCGUGUCCCACGCGAAAGGGGGAACCACUGUGCUACUGUGGCACGCGAUCGGUACAAAUGGAAGAAUUACUGGCGCCCGCUCUACUAG